ACUUACGUCACUUCCGUAUGGCUGAAUGAAGCUGGGGCCAUUCUCUUUAGUGUUUGCCCUGUCCCCCCAUCUCUACCUCCCCAACGCCGCAUUUUGAUUUAAAAACAACAUAGAUGCAACCCUGAAAGUACCAUUCAUAAACCCAAACGACACAAAGCCGAUGUGUCCUAUGGAAUAGCUACAAAAACGGACAGAAGGAAAAAAAGCAAUCAAGACUUCACUGCCAUUGCUACUUUCACGACACAAAGUUGUGAUCAAAGCCAUCAGUGAUUAGGUCAGAGCGGCGAGAAUGUCCCAGCUCCAGUGUCCGGCCAGUCCCAUGCCCGCCGCCCCUCCCCCGCUGCAGGUGGGCCAGCCUCAGCCGGGCUAUAGCAUUCCCUGUGCCACCAGCACACUGGCAUCAGAGAGCGCCAGCCAGCCCGUCAGGAGCUCUGCUCUUCCUGCGGGCUCAGCCACGCCCUACAAUACCAUCACAGUAUCUAACAUGGCAAACCCCAAAGAGAAGACCCCCAUGUGUUUGGUGAAUGAGUUAGCCCGUUUCAACAAACUCCAGCCUGAAUAUAAGCUACUGAGUGAGCAAGGACCAGCUCACUCCAAAAUCUUCUCAGUGAGGCUCACACUGGGAGAGCAGCACUGGGAUGCAGAGGGGACCAGCAUCAAGAAAGCCCAGCAUUCCGCUGCUGAAUCCGCCCUGGCUGAGACCGUGCUUCCCAAGCCCACCAUAAGGACCCCACGCCACACAGGCAAGAACCCAGUUGAUGGCCUGAUGCAAAUCAUGGAGUUAAACGCAUUGUGUUCCAAACUUAGUAAAAAGCCUAUAUAUAAACCUUUGGACCCCUACCCGGGGAUGAGACCACCAAACAUGAAUUACAGCGGCCGUAUUCCGCCGCCCUAUCAGCGCUCUAUGCAACAAUACUACUACCCGUUUGCCCCCAUGGGACCAAUGAUGUGCCACACGGAACUUUGCAUCGGAGGCCAGCAGUUUAUAGGGAAAGGACGCACAAGGCAGCUCGCCAAGCAGGACGCCGCCGUCAAAGCCCUAAAAGUGCUGCAGAAGGAGCCAAUAUUGCAGCAAUUACCAGUGAUGAACGGCGAGCCCGAGGAAGAGAACCUCAACAAGUCGGAAAUCAGCCAAGUGUUUGAAAUUGCACUGAAACGCAACUUAGCUGUAAACUUUGAGGUGUUGAAAGAAGACGGUCCCCCGCAUCUGAAGAGCUUUGUUGUGCGCGUCACAGUGGGAGAGUUCUCCGGAGAGGGGGAAGGAAAGAGUAAAAAGAUUGCCAAGAAGUUGGCAGCUGGUGCCGUGCUGAGGGACUUGAAGAGGCUACCUCAUAUACCAAGCGUGGAGAAGACGCUGCCACGCAUCAAGAAGAAAACUAAGUCCAUCAUAAAGCUGCAGACCAGUCCAGAAUACGGCCAGGGAAUGAAUCCCAUCAGCCGCCUGGCUCAGAUCCAGCAGGCCAAGAAGGAGAAGGAGCCUGAGUACAGCAUGGUGACAGAGAGAGGCCUGCCGCGCCGUCGGGAGUUUGUCAUGCAGGUGUCCGUGUGCGGCCAGGCUGCAGAGGGCAUGGGGCCCAGCAAGAAGGUGGCUAAAAGGAACGCGGCGGAGAAAAUGUUGGAGCUUCUGGGAUAUAAAGUGCCUCAACCCCAACCUCCCAAACCAGCACUUAAAACUGAAGAGAGGACCCCAGUAAAAAAGCCAGGUGAUGGACGCAAAGUGACCUUCUUUGAACCAAGCUCUGUAGAGGACGUCCCACUGGGUUCCAAAGAGGAAGAGUUCCGCCUGCCUUACUUGAGCCACCAGCAGCUGCCGGCUGGCAUCCUGCCCAUGGUGCCCGAGGUGGCUCAAGCGGUCGGCGCCUGCCAAAGCAGCCUAGCUAAGGACUUCAGUCAAGCAACAGCCAACCCCGGCAAGGCCACCGUCACUGCUGCCAUUGCCAGAGAGCUUCUGUAUGCAGGAACGUCCCAGACUGCCGAGACCAUCCUAAAGAAUACCAAUAUCCUGACCCAGCCGCCGCUCGGGCCCCUCACCAGGCCCUCGGAACAACUGGGCUACCUUGCGUCGGUGCAGGGCCUGCAGGUGGAAUACAAAGAUUUCCCCAAAAACAAUAAGAACGAGUUUGUGUCGCUGAUUAACUGCUCCUCCCAGCCACCGCUCAUCAGCCACGGAAUGGGAAAAGAUGUAGAAUCCUGUCAUGAUACGGCUGCGCUGAAUAUUCUGAAAUUGCUCUCUGAGUUGGACCAGCAGUCAAAUGAGCGAACAGGAAAUGGACCAGCCUCUGGAUGUGCCAAGCAGGAGAUGGAGGGCGACCCGCAUCUCAAACAGGCUAACUCAAGCACACUGGCCCCGCCCCUGGACGACAGCGUUUAGAGCGUCAGGUUGGCUUGACUGAAAACUUCAAGACACUGUUCUUUGUUGCUUUUAAAAUGGCCGCUGUACGCACCAUCACGUACAUCGUUAUUCACACUUAAACAAGAUCGAUGGAACACUGACUUCCCUCUUUUGAUGUUGUUUAAUUGUACACGUGAUUCUUCUGUAGCUGCAUCCUAGCCACAGUUUGAGGCUUUUACUUGGCAGGAAAUGAAGUGAAGCGAUGAACUGUGAAUUAUGUUUGCUCUAAGUCGUCUUGUUUUUAAGUAUUUUGUGUGCUAUUAAACCAAUCAGUGAUGACCUUAUCCCUGUCUAGCAUGCAGCUGCUCAACUCCUGCUUUCAUUUAACGACGACACGUUACCGACAUGACUGGGAGGAGUGUGUUACUGACUUGUGUGUGACUGUCACUUACGUUUGUGUGUAACUUUGUGUCACGGACGUGUGUGGUAACCAACCGUGUGUUACUUACGUGUGUGUGACUGUCACUUACAUUUGUGUGUUACUGACUUGUGUGUGACUGGUGCGACUUACGUGUGUUGUAACUGGGAGGAGUGUGUUACUGAUGUGUGUAACUGUGUUACGCGCGUGUGCCUGUGUAUGUUACAUGUGUGCGGUAACUGUGUGUUACUGACAUGUGUUCGUCACUGUGUGUUGACUGACGUGUCCGGUAGGGUUGCCAGCCACUUCUUGAAAAACGUAAUCUUGCCGUAUUUAGAAACAAAAGUAUUUGUUCAGUAUUGAGCUGUCAAAGGACGCACUUUGUCCUAUAUUUUUUUUACAGUAAAAAUGAAACAUUGUCUGUAAAAUAUCACUACCUUCUUUCGGCUGACAAUAGUUUCAUAACAGUCUGCUUCAGGCUAAGCCAGUGGAUGCCAGUGUGACUGAUCGCUUACCAAACUCAUUGCCGCUUGACAUUUCUGGCAUCUAUUCUUUUUGCCUUUGCUGCGGUCACUGCCUCACAGGGCGGCAGCUAGCUAGCUAGAAUUAUCUGCCUAGAUUCUGGUAAUCAGACUCUAAAUUUUAUUUUUUACCACAAGGACAUUUUUUUAAUUUUUUAAAAAGGAACAAUUGGGGAAAUUCCAAGAUCGUAAAUCGAGGAAGCUACGCCUAUCACAAUAAUGAAGUACAUGCUAACAAUAGUCAUUUAACAACGCUGCUCUUUUGUUGUUAGGAUAACAAUGUCUUGUUCUCAAAACACUGGUUGUAUAUCUAAGUUGUUGAACAUAAACAUGAUGUGUCCAGCUUUAUGAUAGUGACACUACAGGAGUAUAACAGGUAACUGGUAAUACGGUAACUCAUCAAAGCGUCAAAUAAUAUUUGCUUCAUAAGUCUAAGUGUUCAAUUCUGACAUUAUGCUUUUAUUAAAUUUUAUUGCAUAUAGACAAUAACCACACUGAGUGAAGAUCGCCUUCAUAAAUAAAGCACAAUUAAAAUGUUGCCAGUUUUUGCCUUUUUUUUUGUCAAAGUUCCCAUAGUAAUCAACGUUGGAGUCCUGCUCUAUCAUAAAGCUGCACACUGAAUUUAUACUGUUUUGAGUUGAGCCGGACAGACUUCUGUUAAAGAGACAUGCUUGUUUUUAUUCUGUUAAGUUAAGCGGGAACUAUUUCUAUUUUAGACAUAAAAAAAUUAAUUUAUUCUGUUCAUUUAGUUAUUUUGUACAACAAAUUAACUAUUGAACCAUUUGUUUCCCAUGUAUUCGUAUCAAUCCGUAACCUGCACAUCUAAUUACAUUCUGCCUGCGGUCACAUAGUAUAAAAGCGUGUGUAGAUUGUCAGUCAUCAGGUCAUGUGUAAUUCUCAAAGGGUGAAUGGAUGCAACUCUGAAACAUAUUUAAUGAGUCCAGUUGCCCCCAUUCAAUCUUUAUGGAUAUAAAAACUCCUUUCUCACAAAUUAAAAGGGCCAAAAGAAUUUAGGUGGACCAGCCCCGUAAGAUGUCCCUUUUUUUCCAGGUAGUUGGCAGCCCUUUGUGUGUGUAACUGACAUGUGUGUGUAUCUGUGUGUUACUGACAAGUGGAGGGAUGGGAAUUAGUAAGAGUUUUCCACUUCCGAUUCCACUUGCAAUUCUGCUUUCAAUUCUGAUUCGGUUCUUUAUCGAUUCCUUUUUGGAAAAAAGAUGGAUUAAGAUCAAUUUUGUUUAGUGUAGAGGUAACAUGACCUUACAAAGCCAAACGGUGAGGUCUUAAGAGGCACAUUAUCAUACAUACAUGAAAUAACUUUAUUGAAAAUAUAAGAAAUAAAUAUUCUUCUAUAUAAUUUAAUAAAAUAAAACAUGGAAAUUACACAAGAAUGUAAUUUAGUAACAUGUGAUAUUAACUAAUUACAUGCAAAGUGAGAAACGUCUUUAUUAUAAUUUUGAUGAUUAUGGCUUACUUACAAUUUAUGAAAACCUCGAAUUGAAAAUCUCAGAAUAUAUGUGGUUUCAAAAACUGUAAGCCAUGAUCAUCAAAAUGAUAAUAAAGGCUUGACAAAUCUCACUUUGCAUGUAUGUGUGUAACAUUUGAAGUAGAAUUGCUCACUUUAAUGGACUUUUACAAGAUAUUCUAAUUUUGGAAUGGGAAUAAUUGGGAAAAUAUGGUGGGAGGAAAACAUGCAACUUUCCUCUGAGUACAAUUGGACAUUCACCUAUCAAAAAUUAGAAGUGUCUACUGUGGCAAUUGUGGGUGCAAACUUUUUACCACAAACUUAGUCACUGCUCUGUGACAUUCGUCUAGCGGCAGACAUGAACUGGAGCUAGUACUACUCGCCGCAGAGCCAAUCACAAUCCGUUUCUCGUCAUGCUCGUGUAAAUCAGAAAGCACUCGUUUCAAUUUAACAAAUAAUAACAUGAUAGGCGUUGAUAGUACCUGUUGUAUUCCGAUGGUGUGCUAGCGUUACUGCUUCUGGGAUGAGAUCGGAGCGGUUCAAAAACGCAACAUUAAUUUUAUAGUUUGAGCAUGUUCAAAUGUUUCAGCAUAUUGCUCGUAUGUCCUUCUCUUAAUGAAGUACCAGCUUUGCAAGUAUUACAUGUAGCGUUGUUCCCAUAGUUUGUUGUAAAUCAUAGCCAAACUUAUGAGUGUUUCCGCUGCCUAGUCACCAUGUUGCUGUCUGAUGUCUCAACGCACGUUGCGUAACAAUGUCGUUCCCGCCCACAGGAAUCCUUCAGAGAAUUGUUUGAAAAAAUGGCAAGCGAUUCCACGGAAUUGAUACACUGGAAAUCAGUUCUGAACAAGAACUACUUUUUGAUUCCCAUCCCUAGACGUGUGUGUAACUGUUACACGUGUAGUGUAACUAACAGAGUGUGGUACUGACAUUUGUGUGGUAACUGUUUCUGACAUGUGUGUGGUAACUGUGUGUUACUGACGCGUGUGUGUUACUGACACGUGUUGUAACUGUUACGUGUGUGUGACUGUAUGUUGAUGACGUGUGUUACUGACACGUGUGUUGUAACGUGAGUUGUUUCACCAUUCUUCCUUCAUGUCGGCCUCUUGUCUUGGACUGAUCCUCGUGGUAAUUAAACCUGCGUGCUGUACAAACCAA